CUCUCUCUCUCUCUCUCUCUCUCUCUCUCUCUCUGUUGUUUUAUAAAUAAAAUAAAAUAAAAAUCAGAUUUUUGUUAGCAUUCUACACUCUCUUUGUAGAAUAGAAGAGAGAAAAGUGGGAGCGGUUUUGGAUUGUUUGGACUUUUUGGACGUCCGUGAGGAAAACCAACGCUUUUUCAUUUCUAUACAUUGAAGGAGAGACCUUUUCAAGUUUCAGCUUUUGCAGAGAAGGAGAAUAGCUUUCUAUCUUUCCUUCUCUUCCUCAUUGUUUCUAGCUGGCUGUUGCUGGUGGAAUGGAAUGAAACCCUUACUGGGUUUUACUUUAGUCUGCAAGUUAAAAGCUUAAUAUUCGCUACACCGAUUGGAUUCUUUUGUCCAAGAAACAGGCAACAUGCUCUUCAUUGAAUGGCUGUUUGAUUUAUUGAAACUUGAGAAAUUCGGGCUCUAAAGUUCCCAUUUCAUAUUUAUGUUGUGACUGAUGGACCUGGUGGCCUUGUGCUGUGAAGGUGGUCUAUGAUGCAAAAUGAUACAUAGGUGAUUAUGCAUAUUAUUCGAGUAAUGCUAGUUAGUUUUUGCCUGAUGAUGUGCAGUUUCAUUGCUCAAGACAUUUUAACAUCGGUGGAUAGACUGUUGGUAGGAGUUCCCAGUAAUUGACCAAAAGGCACUCUUAGCUAUAGUUAUUUGCCAUUAAGUUAAAUUCGGAUAAAGAUGGACCCGCACAAUUCAAAAGCAAAUGGAAAAGUCAAUGGUUUUAGACACUUUUAUUCUUCUGAGCAGCUAGAUCAUUUAACCAAGGUGGAAAGCUUAUCUGAUUCUUAUCGAGUGCUUGCUGAUGGAGAUACUGGAUUGGAUAAACAGAAGCAUGGUUCUAUUUCUGACCCUGAAAUCAGCAGUUGUGAAUCUGCACAAUCAACAGAAAUUGAAAAUAACUGUUUAAAACAUGAUCGUAUGUCUUCCACUCAUUGCACCAAAGAAAAUGCUGAUGAGUUGACUGUAUUAUCCUCUGUUGUUUCUCCAUCAAGAAGUUCAGAACCCAAGAAAAAGAAUUUUGCUCAAGGAACAUGCAAGGUAGUACUAGGGAGUGAAAAUCCAGAUGAUGGAUCUGCAUCUUCCCCUACAGGUAUUGAUUCGACGCACAACAUUUCCAUGAAGAGUGAUGUUAGCUCAGAGGGCCGACAAGCUCUUGGAAAAGAAACAAAUGAACCAGCAGGUGGAAGAAUGAAUCGGUGUUGGCUAGCUUCUGAGGAAGAUGGAUUGAAGACAGUGAUGGCGGCAGCUUGUUCCAGUAAGCAACUAAAAACUGAGUCCUCCUCUUCCAACUCAAUACGCACCAACCUUCCAGCUUCUUCAAAUGACAGCUGUCAAGAAAUUUCAGUGGAUGCCAAGUCAUGUGAGCGUAGUAAGCACAGCAGUAUUGAUGUUUGCACAUGUACUGGCUUAAAUUGCUGCAUGGAGAAACCUGCAGUCAAAAGUUCACUAUUGGGUAUGACUCUGCAAAUUAGUUGCAAGGAUGGCCUGAAUGUUACUGCCUUUUCACCUGGAAAGCAAGACCAGACAUGUGACUUUUCAGAAAUUGUUGGAAAUGUUGAAACAAGAGUCUGUGAUAAGCUUGUAGAGAUAAUUGGAGAUGAAAAUCCUGUGGUGUUGGAGAAAAGCAAUCUUCAAAAAUCCAUUUCACCUGAGGAGGAAGAUACAGAGUUUGCUAAACCGAAGCAUUGCUGUGAGCUAAAUGGUUCUAUAGCAGUGGUCCAGAAAGAUGCAGGAGAUGCAGAACACGAGGCUGGGAUAUACAAGGAAGCCUCAGGAAGUUGUUGUUCUUCUAUACAAGAAAAAAGUGGUGAGACUGUUCAUUUGAGCUCUGUUGAUUCCAUAGUUUCUAAAUGCUUAACAGAAUCCGGAAGCAAAAUCCAGUAUGGCAAUAAAAGAGAUAGGUAUCAUAGUGUUGCUUCGACAAAAGGUGAGGUCAAAAAGUUGUGCUUAGAGGUAAAAGAGCCAUCAGAAUACCGGGAUAACACGAAGAAGCACAAAGCUAAUGAUGGUACUCAUGGGCAGGCUUCGUCUCCCCUUACAACAAAAUCAGAAGAUAUGAGAGUUAUUAACCAGCAACAGGCUAAUUAUUUUUCUGGAAUUGAUCUUAAUGAAAAUAUCUUUGCAAAUGAAAUGGACUACAACAAACAAUCAAUCAAAGAAGAACCUUUUCGUGCAGAAUUUGUGUCAAAGCCAACACCUGUGAUUGCUAAAUCUGGAAUGCCUAUAUGCUUACCUAAACUCCAUAUACAACUUGAUGGGAGUGCAGGUGGCUGGAGGGGACCUGCCGCAACUAGUGCUUUCCGGCCAACUCCAUUUUCUGACAGCAUAAAUAGGGUUAAGGCAUCAUCUCCCCAGGACAGUCACAAUCACUCUAAAUCUUCUCAGGUCACUGGGAUUGACCUCAACAUUGUUGCUGAAGGAGGUGACGGUGACAUUGAAUUGCUUUCGGAGAAAUGUUCCCAACCAGGGUCCUCUGUGGAGAUUGGUUCACUUCGAGUAGGAAAGUUCAAUAUUGACCUCAAUUAUAGUAGUGAAAUUGAUGAAAAUUCUCGUCAACCAUUUCCACCAGCAACACUAUCAAGAAACUAUUCCAAGGAUUUUGAUUUGAACAACAGCCCAACAUCUUUAGACACCUGCAGUGAUUCUCACCUGCUGGCACUAAGAGAUGGAGCAUCUGGAGAUCGUGUAGUUACUUUCUUGGGAAAUGCAAGACAGCUAGAAUCUAACAAUGUAGGAUUACCAUACCAGGCAGAUUUAAGCCCUAUCCAGAGCUUUAGUUAUGGUCAGACCAAACCUUUCCUGAUGGCUGCUGCCCCUUCCAUCUUUCCUUCAAUUGAGCAAAUGCAAAAUGCUGUCUCCCUGCAGCAAAGGCCAACUUAUGCAUCAUAUCCACCUCCACCACAUCUUCCACCUCAAACAUUUAUAUGCAAUAAUGCAUUCUUCAUUGACCCGAAUAACCGCUUAUCCACAAAUGUCUAUCCUCGUUCUCCCAUUCCUGCAUUUGUUUCCCAUAUCUUAGGUUCAAGUGCACCCUCUGCCUUCUCUGGGGCCUCAUAUCUCAUGCAUUGUCCUGAUGGACCCAGCUCCAAUGACAUUGCAUUACUAAGGCCUAGUUUUGAUCAAAGUGGAGGGAUAUCUUCAUCGGAAAGUGCGAGCUGGGGAGACAAUAGAAAACAAUUGUUUAUUCCCGUAAAUAAUGGAACAGAAAACCAAAUCAGAGCUUUACAUCAACUUGCUUUGUCUGCUGCACCCAUAAAGAGGGAACCAGAUGGAGGAUGGGAAUCUCACCAGCUUGGCUUUAAGCAGAUGACUUCAUGGCGCUAAGUUUCCACUUUCCAAGACUAUCAGCAUCUAACUGGAGCAUUUCUAGUCAGUAUUAUCUUUUACGUUCUAAUUUGCUGUUGUAGUUAAAUUGUUUAUCCUGGCCACAGUAUCGAAUUGCAGUUGGAAAAUUUUGGCUUCCACAACUAUGAGCUGGGAAUACAUGUCCCAACUGCAACUCCAUUCAAGGUUCUGUACAUGUCAUUUUACAUUUGACAAAUAUAGAUACCGAACAUUCGAUUUUGCAUCAGUUCUUUCUUUUAGCAAAGAGAAAAUAUGUACAGAGACAAAGAUAUCCAGUUUGAUUUUUGUCAUUUUUAUUUUAUAUAACUUAGUAUGCUUUUAGGAAAAA